AUGGCGACGUGGUCGGACAUUCCGUUUGAUAUCUUGGACAAGGUGCUUGCCCACCUCGUUUCAGCUGGAGAGACUUCCGACCGGGACCACAACGAGAAACUAAAAGACGUUGUCAAUGCUUCGGCUGUUUGUAAGACUUGGCGCGAGCACACCGUAAAUGCGAAGCGUGUGUGGGCUGCCCUUGCUGGUGCUCACAAAGUCUCUCCGUCCACCUACGGCUCUAUCCUAGCCCGGUCCGGCAACUAUCCAUUGCUUAUUAGCACAGAAGUCACCGCCAAGUUGGGAACAUCCUCUCUGACUGGGUACCAUUGGGAUGCUAUCCGAGCCAACUUCCAUCGUGUUCGACUCUUUGAUGUAGAGUUUGAAGGCGAACCGGACCAGUCUUGGCUCGUCACCUUGAGUCAACCGGCACCUUCUCUUCAGGGUCUCAGACUCAAGGGAAACGCGUACUCCAACAUCGAGAUUCCAAGUCUCUUCGCUAAUUCUGCUCCCUCGCUGCGAGUUAUCCACAUCGAAAACUUGGAGCUCCUCAACGACAAGGUCCCAGCGCUUAGCAAUGUCGCCGGAGUUCAUUAUUUCCUUCCCCGAAUUGACGACGAUGAUCUGAAGCACGAGGACUGCAUCGGACUUUUGCGAAAUACACCUUCGGUUGAGUUCGUCUCAAUUGGAAACUUCCGAUUCCCCUCUGGCGACUUCGACGACGACGAGCAGUGCUACCAACCAUUCGAGGCAGUCCCCCCCAUUCCCUUGCACAGAGCCAAGCACGUUCGCAUCGCAGGCGAUCUUCUAGGCGCCACGGCUGCAUUGAUCCGACUCGAUCUUCCUUUGUCCUGCAGGUAUCGCUUCGAGUUCACUGUUGACGAGUGCCCCCGUGAUGGACAUGUCACCAAUGCCGGGCACGAGACCUUUACUCGACUCGACCGAAUAUGGGCUGGUAAGAUUUACAGCGGCUUGCGACUGACGCUUUGCAGGGCUUUCGUCCGCCUUGACAUGUGUGGUGCGGAUGGAGUAUUUGGAGAUUCGUUGAAGAUGGAGAUGACUCGCUGGGACCCUUCUCAGGGUGAUUACUUUGAGCCUUUCGGGCUCAGUGAUUUUGCAGGUUUCCUUGCCUACAUCUCUCGACAACGUCACUUCCAAAAAAUGGCGGGUGAAGUAAAGGAGCUCGACUUGGUCUUCCAGAUUAACUCAGAGGAUUUCCCCGAUAUCCCCUAUGAAUAUUUGCAGGAAUUCUUUGCAGUCUUUCCCCAAGUGGUCCAUGUCAAAGCUUCAGGUGGCACCGUCCUGUUCCUCACCGACCAUGAACGUAUGAUGAAAACCAACAUUCCUAACGUCUAUCAGCCUCCUUUCCCCGCCUUGCAGCGCCUGAACAUAGUUAACGUCCAUCCCCAAUGGGUUCCAGAGGUGAAACGCCAUCUCCAAAGCCUCCUGGAACUCCGCCAACAAGUCAUCCCCAAUUGCCCUCCCCUGCACGUUUACUGUACUGAACGCGCCGACUUCCAUUAA